AAUGGGCCGAUUAUUCCAUUUCAACAAGUGAAUGCUCGAACAGCGGCUUUGACAGGUGUUUCUGAAAGAACCGUGAACCGUAUAGUUUCAGAGGGAAAAAUCAUGGAAAGUAAUUUUACAGCGAGAACUGAAGUCCCUAAUCAAGCAGCUCAAGGACCUUCCACAUCCACAGCUUGUGAUGACAAUUCCACACCAGAGAACACUACUUCCGAGGCUAAGACGAUAAAACUAGUCACUCCAGGUAAAAGUAGAAAAAGAAAAUUAACUGUUUCUGAUUUGGAUGACUUUGAUCUUUGUGUUAUUAGACGCAAAAUCCAAUCUUAUUAUUUAAAUAAUUCCGUCCCUACUCUCAGAAAAUUACAUUGUGAUCUAAAGGCAGACAUCAAUUUCAAGGGUAGUAUAGAAUCUCUCAGAAAAAUACUACACAAGUUGGGAUUUAGUUAUAAAAAGAAUAAAUCCAAUAGGAUGGUUCUCAUGGAGCGAUAUGAUGUUGUUGCCUGGCGAUCAAGAUUUUUACGAGAAAUAGACAAUAAUAGAAGGAGUGACAAUCCGAGGCCAAUCGUUUAUUUGGACGAGACUUAUUUACACCCUGGCUAUAAAGUUAAAAAAUGUUGGCAGUCUGAGGAAACUGAAGGUGUCCUUACAGAAGUCUCAGAAGGUCAGAGAUGGAUCAUAGUGAAUGCCGGAAGUGAGAAAGGUUUUAUCCCCAAUAGUCUUUUGUGUUUCAAAUCUAAGACCAAAAGUGGAGAUUAUCACGACGAGAUGAAUGGAGAUAACUUCAGUAAAUGGCUACAAGAAAAGCUUAUCCCAAACUUAGAGCCCAAUUCAUUAAUAGUGAUGGACAAUGCGUCAUAUCACUGUAUUAAAAUAAAUAAACGCGUGACAAUGAACAGUAAGAAACAAGAGAUGCAAGAUUUCAUAAAAAAAAACAAUCUUUCAUACUUGGAAACCAUGAAAAAAGCAGAAUUGUAUGAAAUUAUAAAAACAAUCAAUCAGGAGAAUGUCUACUUAAUUGAUGAAAUAUUAAAGAAACAUGGUCAUAAGGCUGUAAGACUUCCGCCUUAUCAUUGUGACUUUAAUGCAAUAGAAUUCAUUUGGAGUUCGUUCAAAAGAAUAUUUGCAGACACAAAUGUUACUGGCCUCUCUGAAAACAUGGAACAGAGAAUCCAUAGUGCAUUUUCCAAAAUAACUGCUGAAGAAUGGCAGAAACACUGUAAUCACGUUAUAAAUGUUGAAAAUAAUUAUCGUAUGACAGACAACCGCCUUGAAACAGUAAUGGAACCAUUUUUAAUUGAUUUGAAUAGCAGCGACUCAGAUUCUUCUGACACAGAUGACUCUGAAGAAUUCAUGGAAGGAAUAAUGCCUCUAACAUACCAUAAUUACCAUAAAAAAUAAUUUUUUGUUA